AACGACUGCAAACCUCAACCAAAUCUUCUCCUCGAUCGUCAAAUUAAGCUCUAAAUAAAGGCAGCAUACUAAGCUCUGCCUAAACUUCCAUCUCUCUCUCUCUCUCUCACUUGUUGUUCCACAGCUGAUCUAAUGUCUGAAGAUCAUCUGAGAGAAUUCUACUACCACCACCCCUACAACGAAGACCGCCACGGCGGUGCUGCCACCUUCCCCUACUCCGGCGCCGAUGCUCACCUCCACAUGUUCGAUCCCUCGUCGUACCUUAGCUUCACCGAGUUCUUGCAUGGACCCACCGAUCACAACUCGCUCUCCGCCGCCUGCGGCCCGUCGCCGCCGACGUCCAAAGAGGAGGAGAAGGCUGCGGGGGGCAACGAAACCCCGGCUACGCCCAACUCUUCCAUCUCCUCCUCCUCAACUGAGGUGGCCGCGGCGGAAGAGGAUUCAAAUAAAAGUAAGAAAGAGAAGGAAUCCUUCAUUGCUCAUGGAGAUGAAGAAAACUCCAAGAAAGAGGGUAGCAAAGGGAAGAAGAAAGGAGAGCAGAAGAAGGAAAGACAGCCACGAUUUGCUUUCAUGACAAAGAGUGAAGUUGAUCACUUAGAAGAUGGAUAUAGAUGGAGAAAAUAUGGGCAGAAGGCAGUGAAAAACAGCCCCUAUCCGAGAAGCUAUUACAGAUGCACGACACAGAAAUGUCCGGUGAAAAAACGCGUGGAGAGAUCGUUCCAAGAUCCUUCGAUUGUGAUAACCACCUACGAAGGGCAGCACAACCACCACGUUCCGGCAACCCUGCGCGGCAGUAUGGUCGGAUUAUUCGGGCAAUCGAUGCUAGGGCCGCCGGCUUUCCCUCAAGAACUCUUGCUCCAAAUGCCUCACCUCUACGGUGGCAAUAGCAGCAAUUUGUACAAUAAUAAUGAGCAGCAGCAGCUGCAGCAGCAACAGCAACAGUUUCAUGACUAUGGGCUCUUGCAGGAUAUUAUUCCUCCUCUAUUUCCCAAAAGGGAGUCCUAGGAAUUAACUCUACGGCUUCGGAUUAAUUCUCUAUUUCGUAGUAUCUCUUUUUUAUGUUACCAGAAUCUCGUUAUAAAAGGUUUCUUCAUUUAUGCAUUUU